AUGCCUCUCCGCGCGCAUACCAAAUCCCGCAACGGAUGUGAUCAAUGCAGAAACAGGCGGGUUAAAUGUGACGAGCAGGGUCCACCAUGCUCAAACUGUACGACCCGCCAGUUGAAAUGCACAUAUUUGAAAGUCGCCGCCCGUCGCGCUACCCAUCUUACCCCACCGCGUCUUCUAAAUGGCCACGGCUCGCCCGUAGCAGCGAUACCCGGUCCAGCCACUCCGAUCUCACCAACCCAAACAAACUCAUUCGGCAUCGACAACCUAGAAUUAAUGCACAAGUUCUCAACAGACACAUACAAAAGUCUCUGUCUCAGCGACUCAGAAAUAGAAAUCUGGCAAAUAAUCGUCCCAACACUCGCCUUCAAACAUGAUUACCUGAUGGGUGGGAUCUUAGCGCUAGCCUCAAUGCACAUCGCAACAACAUGCGUGCCAUCAGAAACAGCACUCCUAUACCACGAGGCAGGACUACAGUACUACAACCGCAGCCUAACGCCAUUCCGAAACGCAAUCGAUAGUAUCACGCCGCAUAACUGUAACGCGGUAUUCGCGCAUUCGAUCGUCAUGAUCGCGAUCAGCGUCGCGUCACCCCGACUAACCGCCACGAAAGACGAGUGCGCCAGUAUCACAGAGAACAUCGUGAUACUGUUCGAGCUAUUACAGGGCGUGAAGAAGAUCCUGCAAGUCAGCAAGGCGUGGAUUAAGCUGGAAUUAUUCACGCAGGGCCCAUAUUGGAACAGCACCCCCACUGAACUUGAUCCUGAUACGGAGGCUGCGCUGACGCAUCUGGCGGCCUUGAAUGAUCAUGUUAUGAUUGGGAUUUACUUGGAGCAGCAUCGCAUUAAUAAAAAUGUUAUUGCGCAUUUGAGGCAUUGUUAUGCUAAAUUUGCGCACUCGGCAGAUCCCGCACCGGUUCUUGCUUGGCUUGCGGCUGUUGACAAGGAUUUUGUCGAUAGUCUCCGGUGUCGACAGCCGUUUUCGUUGCUGAUUCUCAUGUAUUGGGGGGUGUUGUUGAGGGAACUUGAUGGGCAUCGGUGGUGGGCGCGAGAUUCAGGUAGAGCGCUGGUUUCAGAGUUGUUUGAGGCUUUGAGGUCUGGGGAUCCGAGGUGGGGGGCUGCUCUUGGUUGGGUGCAGCGGAAGAUGAGGCUUUGA